UCCUCCUCCUCUCACACACUCUCAGAAGGCAGCAGAUCAUCAACGCUACCAGUCAGCUCAGUUUGCGGUUUCAAGAGGUUUCUGUAAGAGAGAAAUGACCUCCCCGGCUACUCACUAUAAAAAACAAGAUUACUCCCACCUAAAGAAGAACUGCCUAGACAACAAGAAGCUGUUUGAGGACCCAGAGUUUCCUGUCACCAAUUCAUCUCUGUUCUACAAGAAUCCACCUCAUGGUUGUGUUGUGUGGAAGAGACCUAGGGGCCAUGUAGAGCCUAGGAGAGUUACAAAGGAGAUCAGCGAUGAUCCUCACCUGUUUGUGGAGGGCAUCAGCUCCCAUGACCUGAACCAGGGAGAUCUGGGUAACUGCUGGUUUGUGGCGGCCUGUUCCUGCUUGGCUCUGAAGCCAGACCUCUGGCCAAAGGUGAUUCCUGACUGGAAGGAGCAGGAGUGGGAUCCCAAACACCCAGAGCGCUAUGCUGGCAUCUUCCACUUCCAGUUCUGGGUGUUUGGUGAGUGGAUGGAUGUGGUGGUGGAUGACCGACUGCCCACCAUCAAUGGAGAACUCAUCUACUGCUACUCCAACGUCGGAAACGAGUUCUGGAGUGCCCUUCUGGAGAAGGCCUAUGCCAAACUGUCUGGCUGUUAUGAGUCUCUGGACGGAGGCAACACGGCGGACGCUGUGGUGGACUUCAGCGGAGCCGUGGCGGAAAACAUCGAUCUGGAGACGGACUUCCACAAAGACCAGAAAAAGCAGGAUAAACAGUUUGAGGACCUGCAGAAAGUUUACAACAGGGACGGGAUCAUCUGUAGCUCCAUAGAGGCAGCAAGUCAUGAAAUUGAAGCGAGGAUGCCUUGCGGGCUGGUGAAGGGUCAUGCCUACGCAGUGACUGAGAUGAAGAGCGUGCAUUUAGAAAAAGAGGGGCAGGCUGUUCCCCUGAUACGCAUGAGAAACCCCUGGGGGAAGACCGAGUGGAACGGAGCCUGGAGCGACAGUUCAGCAGAAUGGAAGAAUAUUGGAGGUGUGGAGAGAAACAAGCUCGGCAUCACUGUACAGGAUGAUGGGGAGUUUUGGAUGUCGUUCGCUGACUGGUGUAAGUACUUCACAUUCGCAGAUGUGUGUCACGUCAUCAACACCCCCCUGGACGGCAUCAACAACCCAUGGAACGAGGUGGUGCAUUUUGCUAGCUGGACCAAACACCUGGACCCAUUGAAGAAUCGAUGUGGUGGCUGCAUAAAUAACAAAAAUACCUUCCUGCAGAACCCACAGUAUGUGUUUGACGUGACCAAGGAUAUGGACGAGGUCUUGGUCUCUCUACAGCAGAGAGACAUGAAGAUCCACAGGAUGAUCGGUCAAGGAGAGAACCUCCAUAUCGGCUUUACCAUCCUCAAGGUGGAAUACUACAGGAAAGAUCGCUUACUUUAUCACUUCACCCCCAAGGAAAACAUGCACAUGUCAGAGUUCUUCGAAGAUCGUACCGUGUGCAGAAGGUGGAUGCUGCCCAAGGGUCGUUACAUCAUCAUCCCCUCCACCUUCGAGCCAGAGAAACUUGGAGACUUCAUGUUACGUGUUUUCACUCACACAGAGUCAGGAUGCAGAGAACUGCUGGAGCCCGUUGUAAGGAAAUAGAACACUCAACACCAAAUAAUGUUUGGAACUGAAUUGUGUUCUAAACUGUAUGAUCAGCUGUUCUCUCUUGCUCUCUGUGGGUAUACUAUGACAUUUCUGAGUCUCUUCAGGAUUCGCUUUGGGUUUAGCAUCAGGUCAAAAUAUUAUUACCCUGAUAAUCUAAUCAUUAUUGUGUCAUGUUAUUUGAGCUUUUAUUAUAUCCACUAUUUAAUUUGGAUUUUUUUGGUAAAAAAAAGAAAAAGUAAUUACUUGUUUCCUAUCAACUGUCUGCUAAGUGUUCUCAAGAAUGAUUGCCUUUCUCACCCAAGUGAUGAUUGAUUUACUGUCAUUGUGUCAAAAACCUUUACUCAGUGGGUUCCUUGGGACACUAAGACUCUUCCUGAGGCUCUGCCUUAACAGACGUGAACACACGGUACAACUCUAUAUGGGGCCUGGGGUCUCCAUGAUCAGAUGGAUGACCAGAUGCCUGCAUCAUUCACCUGCGUCUCGUCACCUCUGAUCUCCCUAACAUGUGACCUGUGUGAAACUCCUCCCCCUUCUGACAGUAUGCAGAGUAGCUCAUCUCUGUAGUAAGGUUACAUCUUUGGUUUCCUCAUCACACCUAGGUGGAAGGAGUUUACAAAGCAGUGAUUCAUACUUUUUAACUGUUUUUUGGGGCUAUAAAUACUGUAAUGUUCUCAUUCCAUUACUGGUGCUUCUUAUUUCAAAACAUUAAAUGGAAGAACUAACAAAGACCACUGUUUCCGGCGACCAACAAUGCGCUUUCAUGUUAUCUGGAUUGCAUCUUAUAAUAAUUAUGGUUAUCAUUUUUGCUUUUUUCACAUCUGAUCAAAAGACAACAAUGUUUUGAAUGAUGUCUACUAGGGAUGCACCGAUACCAAGCUUAUGUACUAAAUACAUUUUUUAUUGUGACAAAGGUAAUUUAGCCCUUUGAACGUUAUUGGAUCCUGAAAUUUGUGCUGUAAGUUUGUGAUAAGCACAUACAAAUAAUAAUAAAGAAGCUGUCCUACA